CUUUCCUCUAUCCCCACAUUCUUCUUACCGCUGCUCCAGCCAACAAACAGCAGUAAACAGCCACCAUGUCUGAGAGCUCGAAUUCACCACCGUCCCAGCAUGAGUUCCAGGCACCCAAGCGCAAAGCCGCCCAGGCAGGUAUCGAUGGACACGCGACUGGCCGUUCAGUCAAGAGGAGGGCCUCCAAGGCGUGUCAGUGUUGUCGAGCUCGAAAAGUGCGCUGCAACGUCACCGAACACGGCGCACCCUGCACAAAUUGCAGAUUGGACGAAGUCGAAUGCAUUGUGUCAGAGAGCAGACGCAAGAAGAAGUGGAGCAAGGACGAUGAGCACCAAACGGAAUCCACCAACGUAUCGACAGCCGCUGCCAGCCGCAAACUCGCUUCGCGCGAUACAUUGGACAGCGUCCAACCCCUAACCUCAGCUGGAACGCGGCGGUCACUUGACGCUGAGGCAUGGCACGACGAGCACGUGCCUCACUCCAUCUAUCAGAGUCAUGGAAACCGCCUUGGCCUGGCAGACCUCCACCGCCGCAUGUCCGUGAACUCUCAGACCAACGGAAUGCCAAUUCUCCCAUAUUCAGCCUUCGGCGGCGAUUCGCAACGAGCUGUGUUCGGCUAUACUGCUCCCAAGCUCGGCGUGGCCGACCUCCCUCUAUUCAUCAAGCCGUUGCCUUCGAAGAUUGGCCCCGAUGAGGUGGCCUACCUUGAGAAGAAGGGUGCUUUGACCAUACCCACAGGCACCUUGCGCAGUGAGAUGCUUCGUGCUUAUAUCGAAUUUGUGCAUCCCUACAUGCCUCUUCUGGAAUUACGCGACUUUUUGAUGACAAUUGAUCAAGCUGAUGGAAGCUUGGGCAAAGUCAGCUUGAUCUUGUUCCAGGCUGUUAUGUUCGCAGGCUCUGCGUUCAUCGAUAUGCACUACUUGCGCGCAGCGGGCUACGCGACCAGAAAGGAAGCUCGCAAGGAUUUCUUUCAGAAGACUAGGAUUCUCUACGAUUUCGAUUACGAAUCUGAUCGUGUAUCAUUAGUGCAGGCUUUACUUUUACUAACCUACUACUACGAAACUCCCGAUGACCAGAAAGACACAUGGCACUGGAUGGGCGUCGCCACUUCGGUCGCGCAUACAAUUGGACUGCACCGCAACCCGGACAAGACCCAUAUGGAUAGCAAGCGCACGAAAUUGUGGAAACGGAUAUGGUGGUCGACCUACAUGCGAGACCGCCUUAUCGCCCUCGGCAUGCGCCGCCCGACGAGGAUAAAGUCGGAAGAUUUCGACGUACCUAUGCUUACUUUGGAUGAUUUCGAAAUUUCCGCAAUUCCUGAUUCUGUUACCUGUGUACCAGCAGACUGUCGCGCCGCCCGGGAUGUUGGCUUGCAGCGCCAAUUAGCCAUCAUGUGCAUCGAGAAGGCCAGACUAUGCCUUUGCAUCUCCCACGUGCUUUCCAAGCAGUAUUGCGUCUUAAACAACAACCAAGGCCUGCAAAACGACCGCACAACCAUGAUGCUUUUGCCCAAAAAGCUGGACCCUGAAACCAGCGAGGUAAAGGCCUGUGACGAAGAAUUGCAGAAUUGGGUCAAAGAUCUCGCAGAAGAAGCUAAAUAUUCAGAUGAUUUCACUGGAGAGAACUCGCUGGAUGUAAAUCGAGCUCUGCUUCACAUGGUUUUCUUCACCACGCUAUCUGCGCUGCACCGCCCACAAGUUCUUCCCUCGUCGCAUGGUGGGCCCGCGAGUGUUCCGGUUAAAGCGAACGUAGCAUCGGAUCUCCUAGAUGUGUCUCGUCGUAACGUUCGCCGCGCAGCUUCGGCCAUUACCUCUAUUGCACAGCGGCUUGACCAGGCCGACCUUGUGAAGUACUUGCCUACCACUGGAGUUACGGUUUUGCUUCCUGCCAUUAUCAUCCACUUGCUGGAUAUCAAAGCACCUGAAGAAGACACACGCCACGCUUCGUUACGCGGGUUCUGCCAAUGCAUGGCCGUGAUGGGGAAACUCAGGGAUCUAUACGCCGCAGCCGAUUACUCGACAGCUUUCUUGGAGGCUGCGAUUCGCAAAGCCGGUAUCCACAUAGCGCCUACUACAGUACAAACCCCAGGGGUAGACAACGCGACAUCACCUCUUGGUUUGAAGACGUCACCAGUGACAUCUGUCGAAGACCUAGUAAACGCAGGGAGACGGUUGGAUAUGCAGGCUGUGAGCAACCCUGCAAUUACCGCGUCGCAGCAGUUACAACGCUCGACGCUGACGCCGCCUCCGGACAACGGUACGACGAAUUUACUUAUGCUGGAGAAGAGUGCAGCACAAAACAACGUUACUGACGAAGAAGUCGCACGCCGUCUCGAGACGUUCCUCGCGUCUACGCCGCCAGAAUCCGAUCAUGAUCACGAUCAAAUACCCGCGAUCACGAUUGCGGAAGACCCAGCGCCCACGGCCGCGCCGGCUGAGGCAACUCCGUUCAACAAGUGGAGUCUGAUGGAUUUGCCGCCAAAUCCCUUCAACAACAACAUCAAUCACCAUCAAGACAACGAGAUGCUCUUCAGCAGCCUCCCGAUAUCGCACGAUUUUGAGGAUGGCGAGUUCGACAGCUUGCUUAACUUGGACGCUGUAGGCGAGACUUUCACUUUUGACGAUACUAUGCUCGAGGGAGUUGACUGGAUGGAGACGACCACUGGCCAGAUCGAGGAAACAACAGCAAAGGCGUAGGUUUUGACAAAUGCAAUAAUCUUGGGUUGCAUCUGGAAAAGUUUUGGGUCUGUGUUUGGAAUUGGGAUAAGAUUACGAAUUACGGCCAAAGGAUUACUAUGAUACCACGUCCCUUUUUGUCUUCGAUCUCUCUGCAUAUACACGGGAUACUUUGGAAAGCACAUGUACGAGCUAUAUUCACGAAUUGGGAAAAUGUAUCGCGA